AUGAAUCCAUAUGCUAGUUGGGGAGCUGGCCAGUCUAAUCCUUGGGGCUCAGUGCCUCCGCCAUCCAUUCUUGGAGCACUCCCGUCGCUUCAGACUCCGCCGAUGCCUCCCGGUCAACGCGCUGCUACACCGAACGUGCUGGCCUUUCACUUCACCUCGUUCAACCCCACGAUCAUGAACUGCACCGUCGUCGGACCACAAUCCCGCACUUUCUUCCGUGUGGUGUCGGAUCCCAAUUCGUCGCCUUUUUGCAGUAUAAUCCGCGAGUUCGAGGGCAGAAAUGUGGCUCUCGUUGAGUGGCAACAGCACCCCAAAGUCGAAAUCGCUGGCAUCGCAGAUAAACAGCGCGUGCAGACAUGGCUCGGACUGUCUUCUGAUCGCACUUCUAGAAACAUGUAUAUCAAUAAUGUUGGCUACAAAUGGACGCCCUCCGGGAAUGAUAUUUGCGCUCACAAUAUUGUUACACUGGAGCUGACAUACGAAGCAAUGCAAAGCGGAUUGCUGGAGCCCUGCGUCGUGGCUACCCUGCUUCUCUGCUGCGGAAGAAAUAUAGACUGA